UGAAAUUGCACACAUUUUAUUUUUCCAGCUAUGACACACUCACUUCCUUCCAGGCUCCGAAUGUGGAAGUUCCUGUGUGCCAUGAAUGCAACAUCAGAUAGCUCGUAGGCGUGGUCUACAGGCAGACGCCGUUUCGCCGUCGUCCAAUCAGAAACGCUGUGACUCCAGAACAACGGUUCUGUGGCUCCAUGUUGGAUCUGUUUCUUUAGAUCUUUGCGCGUAUUGUCCGGUUCCCGGCUUCGUGGAUUCCCGGUUCACCCAUUCACGGCUCCUCGGCUCCGCUCCCCGGCUUCACAUGCUGCCGACACACCGCGCUGUCGCGACCAAAUGUUGAGGUCUGGCUUUUACACACCGCCGCCUGUGAAAUUAGGUUAGAGGCGCACCUGACCCACGGAGCGGACGGUGGCAUGUCAGCCCAGGAAGAAGUAACUGAUUUGAGAUAACGCCGCACAGGCAUAAUGUUCACACUCACUGAAGUUGCAUCUUUGAACGACGUCCAACCGACAUACCGCAUCCUGAAGCCAUGGUGGGAUGUCUUCAUGGAUUAUCUGGGACUGGUCAUGCUCAUGCUCUCUAUAUUUGCCAUGACUAUGCAAAUCACCAAGGAUCAAGUGGCCUGCCUUCCUGUUCUAGAAGAAGCAGAGGCCCCUUUGGGAUCUAACCUUAACUUAUUUCCCACAGAGAGUUCGCAGGAAGCUGUUACCAAGGCAUCGGUGAUUACAACAGGCCCACAAGUCACUAAAGACUUGCCAGACAAAGCUGUGCAUGAGAUCUACAUCACACACCAAAACCCGACUGUGGAGUCCCAGAAAUGCCUCAACCAGCCUCAUCCGACAGGAGUCAGGACCAACCUGGACUAUCAACAAUAUAUUUUUAUCAACCAAUUAUGUUACCAUGUGGCUUUGCCCUGGUACUCAAAAUACUUUCCAUACCUUGCUCUCAUCCACACCAUUGUACUCAUGGUCAGUAGCAACUUCUGGUUCAAAUACCCCAAAACCAGUUCAAAGAUUGAACAUUUUGUUUCAAUUCUGGGUCGAUGUUUUGAGUCUCCAUGGACUACGAAGGCCUUAUCUGAAACGGCCUGUGAGGACUCCGAGGAGAAUAAACACAGGUUGACUGGAACAUCUUCGGUACCCAAGGAGGUAUCGUUACAGGAAGGCUCGGCGGACAGUUCGUCCACACCAAUGCUUGGAGUAAAGUUCUCUGCUGAUAUGCCCAUUGCAGAGGUCCCAAGUAGUAUGACAAUCCUGGACAAAAAGGAUGGGGAACAGGCCAAAGCACUGUUUGAGAAAGUGCGUAAAUUCAGAGUUCAUGUAGAAGACAGUGAUUUCAUUUAUAAGCUUUAUGUAGCUCAAACCAUUGUCAAAACUGUCAAGUUCAUUUUGAUAUUGUCCUACACUUCAACAUUUCUGGCUGAAAUUCAUUUUAAGCACAUUUGUGAGCCUGAUGUUAAACACCUGACAGGGUAUAGGCAGUUCUUCUGUACGCACAACAUGGCUUUCAUGCUGAGGAAGCUACUGAUUAGCUAUGUGGCUUUGAUAGUGAUCUAUGGAAUGGCAUGUUUGUACUCACUUUUCUGGGUUUUUCGGCGUCCUCUGAAGGAGUACUCAUUUGAGAAGGUUAGGGAAGAGAGCAGCUUCAGUGACAUUCCUGAUGUCAAAAAUGACUUUGCAUUCCUUUUGCACAUGGUUGACCAAUAUGACCAGCUCUACUCCAAGCGGUUUGGCGUGUUCUUGUCCGAGGUCAGUGAGAACAAGCUGAGGGAGAUCAGUCUCAAUCACGAGUGGACCUUUGAAAAAUUACGGCAGCUUGUGAGCCGUAAUGCACAAGACCAGCAGGAACUUCAACUCUUCAUGCUCUCUGGUCUACCAAAUGCUGUAUUUGACCUCACUGAUUUGGAAGUGCUAAAACUGGAGUUGAUUCCCGAUGCAAGGUUUUCAGCGAAGGUCUCCCAAAUGACCAGCCUGCAGGAGCUGCAUCUCUGCCACUGUCCAGCCAAAGUGGAGCAGACAGCAUUUGCGUUCCUCAGAGACCAUCUUCGCUGCCUUCAUGUCAAGUUUACUGAUGUAGCGGAGAUCCCAACUUGGGUUUAUCUACUGAGGAGUUUGAGGGAACUUAACCUAAUUGGGAACUUGAGCUCUGAAAAUAACAAAAUGAUUGGUCUUGAAUCAAUGCGAGAUUUGAGGCAUUUAAAGAUAUUAUGCCUAAAAAGCAACCUUACAAAAAUGCCUACAAACAUAACUGAGCUGUCACCGCAUUUAUUUAAGUUAGUGGUGCACAAUGAUGGUACAAAACUGCUGGUGUUAAAUAGUCUGAAAAAAAUGACAAAUCUAGCUGAAUUGGAGUUGCACAGUUGUGAACUGGAGAGGAUCCCCCACGCUAUUUUCAGUUUGACCAACUUACAAGAACUUGAUCUGAAAUCGAACAACAUCAAAACCAUAGAGGAGGUCAUCAGCUUCCAGCACCUCAAGAGGCUAACAUGCCUCAAACUGUGGCACAACAAAAUCAUCACCAUUCCGUCCUCCAUCGGACAGGUCAGGUCUCUGGAGGCUCUAUACUUUUCUCACAACACACUGGAAAUUCUGCCUCCCGCCUUGUUCACGCUUCCGAAACUGCGGCACUUGGAUGUGAGCCACAAUUCCAUUACAGUGCUCCCACCGGAUGUGGGCCUCCUCCACAACCUUCAGCACUUAGCUAUCAAUUCAAACAAGCUCGAGGUGCUGCCGAAGCACCUGUUCAGGUGCACCAAACUCAAGGUGCUUUGUUUGGGGAACAAUGGCCUUACAGUGCUGUCGGACAGCGUGGGCCAACUGGUGCAGCUCACUCAGCUCGAGCUUAAAGGGAACUGUCUAGACAGACUGCCUGCGCAACUCAGCAACUGCCGCCUGCUGCGCAAGAACUGUUUGGUUGUUGAGGACCAUCUCUUUGACACACUUCCUGUGGAAUAUAAAGAGUGUAUCAACAGAGAGUCCUUCAUCAGUGGCUUAUAAUGCAAAUACCAAGGUGACGGCUCUUUUUUGAUAAACCUGUGUAAUGAUGUGGUAUUGGAGACCUUUGUUUUUCUGCUCAGUGUUUCCCACAGCUUUGAAAUAGACUUGUGGUAGCAGACUGGUUUGUCACGUCAUUUGACAAACAUCAAAUACGUGUGUCCUUUAACAACAUUAUGUUGUAUUAAAUCUGCUUAUGGCUGCUUCCGUUAGAUGUCGCCAUAGCAAAUUGUUCAUCACCAUCUCACCCUGUCCUCUGCAUCUUCAUCUGUCACACCAGCAUGUCCUCUCUCACCACAUCCAUCAACCUCCUCUUUGGUCUUGCUCUUCUCUUGCCUGGUGGUUUCAUCUUCAGCAUGAUUCUCUCUAUAUACCCUGCACCCCUCCUCUACAUGUCCAAACUAUAGUCACCUAUCUGACUUUGUCUUCUAACCAUUUUACCUGCCUUCUCCCAGUAUGAUUCUUAAUCCUGUCCAUCCUCACCACUCCCAGGAAAAAUUUCAGCAUUUUUAGUGCCUCCUUCUGUCUUUUUGUCAGCCAUACAACAUAUAUUUUAGAUAGUUUCACUUUUCCAGAUACCCCUCCCAUCCUUAAUCUUCCAUGUGGGAAGAAGAUAAAACUUAAAAAAAAAAUAACUUUAAUUUAAAAAGUAAUAAUUUAAACACUCUUUAGUGUGUGCAAAGAUGGCACUGUUUGCCAGAACACUUAAUCUUUCUUGGCUU